UGAUGAUAAAAUCAAUGGUUAAAAGAUUAUUCAUGGUUGAAAACGUUGUACUAUUUAAGUUAUAAAAUGUCUAGAUAGCAUUGUUGUUUCUCUAGAACGAAUCAUAAGUAUGAGAUUAUGAAGAUUGUUAAGUUUUUGAUUGAUAUCAUGAAUCGAUCAAUGUUAGACCAUCAUUGAAAAACUAAAAGCACUGGAUAGAUUGGUUGAAGUUAGACGGUAACACCGCUGGAGGUUAAAGGUUAAGUGAUUGCGCGCGAAAUAGAAGGUUCUGGGUCCGAGUCCCUUUGGUAUGGGACCGUGGAUGCGCACUGCUGAGGAGUCUCAAGCUAGGAUGAAACAGCCGUCCAAUGUUUCCAGGUUUAUUAUAGUGACCUAACAUUGAUCUAUUCAUGACCUCAAUCUAAAAUUAAUCAAUAGUAUCUCACCAUUCCUAUGUUAAGAAAUAAUAAAUAUCAUCAAAUGGCUGGGGAUUUUUUGUUGAUCAUUGUAAGUGUAAAACGUAUCUAUCGUAAGUUAUUAAAUAACAUUUUCAUUUUGUUCAUUAAUUAUGUAUUUGUAUUUAAAUAUUACAAAGAUUAGGCAUCUUUACAAAAUUACAAGACUAAUAAAAACAUGGCAUUUAAGUUGAACCGUAAAAAGAAAAAUGCGUUAAUAUCAUCCUACCAACCUGUACAUAACUUAACGUUUACAGUAGGUGAUUGUUUACUUUUAUAUAGUGAGUAGUAUGUUGUUGUUUUUCCGUACUGAUCAAAUUCUUUCAAGCAAGUUGAAAUUCACCUACUAAUCUUAAUGACACCAUUUUCGGAAGUUCUAUUUACAGUAUUAGAUAAUUGUGUACAAUUGAUAGAAAACCCUGAUUUACCAGCGUUUCAUAAUAGUUGACGUAUUUCUCUUGGUAUUUGAAUCAGCAUCAUCGAAUGGGAUAACCAGAAAUUUCACUGAAUAUCAGUUCGCAGAAGACUGAAAACAUAUCAUUUUAACAAAUAAAACUCACUUCUAGAGCUUCUUGCCGAAUGUUCCAGAUAAUCUAACACAUUAUCAUCAACAUGAAUUUUAGCAGUGUCGUGUUUUUGAUGAAUUGAUAACUGAAUGGUAACCAUUAUCUAGUUUGUCUAGUCCUUUAAAAGCAAUCAGAUUCUAUUGAGCGAGUUGUAAUAUUGACACUAGUCUCAACAUAGUGCACGCAAUGUCGAGUCACCUAGACUGGUGGCCACAUUGCAACUUGGUCGAUAAGAUUCGAUCUGCACUAAGGAGGACCCGACAUACAUGACAUUGAUCACCACCCAGUGAUCAAUGAAUAAUGAGAAAACAAAUUGAAGGGGAUUUACUCCCUAAUAUGUGGUAAAAUUAAACUUGAUAUUCGUCAAAUCUACGAAGAAACAACCUUUUUCUGGGUAAAAAUAAGGGCAAUACUCUAAUUUAUAGACGGGACAAUCAGAAGCGUUUAAGGGAUUUCGAGGUCACAGCGCCGAUUUCAGUACCUGAUGCUCACGUACGACCAGUUUACAGCGGAUUUUAAAGAUGACGUGAUUAUUGAGCAACUUCAACAGAUGGAACUACUAAGAAGUUCCUUUAUUUGUGACUGUGGUAAUCAAAUGACUGCAUUACCGUGUUCAGAGUAUCGUGAUGACAUUGUAUUUCGAUUUUCUUCACGUUGGAGAAAGAAGUCUGCUCGAACGGGUACUUUCUUCGCUCGAUCGCGAUUGAGACUGAAACAAAUCAUGAUGAUUGUCGCGAAUUGGAUAAUAAAAGCACCAGUAACACUGGUUUCAUCAUUUGGAGACGUUACUGAGACUUCAGCUGUGCAAUGGUAUGAGUAUUGCAGGGGUAUAUGUGCGAUCAAAAUGAUACGUUUACACGGUCGUUCGGAGGAGUUGGGAGUAUUUUUAAAAUAGAUAAAACAGUAGUACGAAAGCGAAAAUAUAACUUGGGACGUCAUAUUAAGGAAGACUGGAUAAGUAGCACCUCCGUAAAGAUACCUCACAUGUACUUGGAAUUUAUGACAGAUCAACGCAAAAGGGAUAUUUUCAAAGGGUCAGAAACCGGCAAGCAACCACAAUAAUACCAAUUAUACAGGAAUACGCGCAGCCGAGCACUACGAUAUAUACAGAUGAUUGAAGAACGUAUAGAUGCCUACAUAGACUUGGGUAUGUGCAUCAUGUCGUUGUGUACAAGCGCCAUUUUGUCGACCCUACCACAAGAGUUCACACUAAUAUUAUUAAGGCUAUGUGGUUCAAGCUAAAGGAGUUUUUAAGACCCUAUCACGGCUCCAGAGGUCGACUAUUAUGGAGCCAUAUGGAUGAGUUCCUCUACCGUAUGCACUACGAUUUUAGAACCUCUGAACCUCUUUCAAACCUUAAUAAGUUUUUGAAUCAUGUAAAAGAAGAAUAUCCACUUUAAUUUUUUAGUUUUUUAUAAUGCUUUUACUUCAUACCAGCUGUCUUCUGGUUGGCUAAUAAUUAUCAAGGUCACUUAAUAUUCGUUCAAAGGUCGUCUAUAAAUAGAGUCUCGCCGAGGAUAUACAUUCUGGUUGUAAAUAUGUACACUGAUUAAUAAGUCACACUCAUUUCAAAAGAAACUUCAUUUUCAAAAGAUUCGACGAGACUAUAAAUUAUGGACGAACCAAUCACAAACGUUUGGAGGAUUUCAAGGUCACAAUACCAGUUUCAGUACCUGAUGCUCACGUACGAUCGGUUCACAGGAAACGUGAUAAUUGAGCGAUUACAGUAAAUGGGACUACUAAGAACUUCUUUUAUUUGUGAUUAUGGUAAUCAAAUGACUUGUGAACUUUGUGCAGACUACCGUGAUGAUGUAGUCUUUCGAUGUAAUAUGUGUUGAAGGAAGAAGUCUGCUAGAAUAGAAUUUUUCGCUCACUCCAAAUUGAGAAUAAGACAAAUCAUGACAAUUGUUACGAACUGGAUAAUAAAAGCACCAGUAACAAUGGCUUCAGCCGGGUAUUACACUAUAUGCGGACGACUGCAGAGCGCACAGAUGCUUUCAUAGACUUGGUUAUGUGCAUCGUGUCGUUAUCCUUAAGCAACAUUUUGUGGACACAAGGACAGGAGUGCAAACAAACAAUAUUGAAGCUAUGUGGUCGAGACUGAAAGAGUUAUUGCUACCUUAUCACAGCUCCAGAGGCCUACUAGUAUGAAGUUAUAUAGAUGAUUUCCUGUACCGUAUGCAUUACUAUUUCAAAACCUCUGAACCUCUUUCUAACCUUGACAAGUUUUUGAACCAUGUAAAAGAAGUGUAUCCAGUUUAAUUCUUUGGUUUUCUAUAAUAUUUUAUAUUGACUUCACUAACUAGAUCAACAGUGAAUACCAGGUAGCACUGGAUAGUCGCUUCAUACUGAUACGGGAUUCCUCAGAAGUGAGCGUCCACGACCCCAUAAGCAGAAAUUAAAUUUAUAAUUUUCGGUGUUGCAUGUAAAUGAUUAUCCUCUAAACUACUGAAACGGCAUCCAAUGGUGUCCAUGUCUAACUUCAAAAAAUUCACGAUAUUGCACAAUCAUCUUCUAUUGUCCGAAGCAGAUAAGUGUCUUAUACUGAACAUGGUUCAACUCCGUCCAUCAUGGCAUCUCAGCACAAUUAUAAGAGCUUUAUCUUGAAACUAGUUACUAUUGGACAUAUGACUAUCAUUAUUAUUAGAGGAUUUUUGGAUGUUGUAGAAUUUUCAUAGUUUUUAACUUACGUGAUGAACUUAGC